AUGGAAACCGAACCAGAAGCCCCGGUAGAGUCUAACCCGGGGUCUUGGAUACUCCAUGUCGACGGUUCCUCAACAACCGAAAGGUCAGGAGCCGGGCUAAUCCUGAAGAGCCCGGAUGGGUUCACCAUCAAAACAGCAAUAUCUUUUAACUUCACGGCAACCAACAAUCAAGCAGAGUAUGAAGCCCUAUUAGCGGGGUUGAGGUUGGUCCGGACCCUGUCAAUCCGGAACCUCACCAUCUACAGCGAUUCCCAGAUCGUGGUCAGACAGACCAACGGGGAGUACCUUGCCAAAGACCCGAUCCUGACCAAGUAUCAGGCCUUAGUAAAAGGCUACCUCACUCUGAUCCCCGGGUGCAAGAUCUUGCAAGUCAACAGGGAAGAAAAUGCUGAAGCGGACAACCUAUCCAGGUUGGUUCAAAAUUCAGCAGACCUGGAUAGCUCAGUUUAUUUUGAGGAAUUACACAAGCCAACAAUAGAUCAUGAAGAAAUUCUCGAAAUCAACAACAACCCUACCUGGAUGACUCCCCUGAUCAACUAUAUAGAGAAGGGAGAGUUACCUGAAGACAAGGGAAAAGCACAACGGCUGAAAGCUAAGGCGGCCAAAUUUUUUGUCGAAGAAGGAACACUCUUUCGCCGGACCUACUCAUCCCCAAUCCUGAAAUGCAUAGGUCCGGAGGAGGCCGAAUAUUGUUUGAGAGAAGUUCACGAAGGGAUCUGUGGAGAUCACAUGUCAGCAAAAGGCCUGGCAUAUAAAAUCAUCCGGCAAGGCUACUAUUGGCCAACUAUCCACCAGGAUGCCAUGGAGUUUGUGAAAAAAUGCAAGAACUGUCAGCUAUUCAGCAACGUGCCCCGGGUGAGCCCUGUCCUACCCUCCUCAGUUCUAUCCCCGAUCCCAUUUGCUGUAUGGGGAAUAGACAUCAUGGGACCCUUUCCCCGGGCUAAGGGAGACCUCAGAUACUUGCUUGUCUCCAUCGAUUAUAUGACUAAGUGGGUCGAGGCCAAGGCAAUGAGAACAAUCAAUCAACAAGACGUCAUCCGGUUCAUGGACAACAUCCUGAUGAGAUUCGGGUUACCAAGAGUCCUGGUCUCAGAUAAUGGACCCCAGUUCAUAGGGUCGGAUUUUGAAAGCUACCUGGCGGAAAGAGGCAUCAAGCACAAGAAAUCUUCAGUCGCCUAUCCUCAAGGAAAUGGCCAGGUAGAGGUCACCAACCGGAUCCUCCUGAGAGGAAUUGAAAAGAGGCUAGAAGAAAGCAAGAGCAAAUGGCCAGAAGAAUUACCACAUGUUCUGUGGUCAUACCGAACCAGCCCCCGGACAAGCACCGGAGAAACUCCUUUCAAGUUGGCUUAUGGAACUGAGGCAAUGCUCCCAAUCGAAGUCGGGUCACCUUCCCACAGAGCGAUCAACUUUGAUGAAAUUGCGAAUGAAGAAGGACUCCGGGUCAACCUGGACUUGGUAGACGAGGUCCGAGAUCAGGCAAUCGCAAGGAUGGAAAAAUACAAAGAAAAGACCCGGGAUCACUUCAGCAAAAAAUCCCGAGUCAGGAAUUUUCAAGCAGGAGACCUGGUCCUACGAGACACCGAAGCCUCUGAUCCAACCAACACAGGCAAGCUGAUGCCUAAGUGGGAAGGCCCUUACAAAGUCAAAGAAGUCCUAAGGCCGGGCACCUACAAAUUGGAGCAUAUGGACGGGUCAGAAGUAUCCAACACCUGGCACGGUUUUAGGUUGAGGAAGUUCUAUCAGUAG